UGGGAAGUCUGCGCUGGGAAGGGCUGGAGGAAAUUCAGUAGAAAAUGAGAUACAUUUGACGGAAGUUAAAUUGGCACAGAGGAAAAAAGUUUUCUUAAAAAAAUGGAUGGAGUGUCUUCAGAGGCUAAUGAAGAAAAUGACAGUAGAGAGAGACCUAUUAGAAGACGGCAUUCCUCAAUUUUGAAACCCCCAAGGAGUCCUCUUCAGGACCUCAGAAAUGGGAAUGAAACAGCUCAGGAAUCCAAUACUUUGAGAAAUAAGAAAAGCUCUCGCCGAGUCAGCUUUGCAGAUACUAUAAAGGUCUUCCAGACAGAGUCUCAUAUGAAAUUAGUGAGAAAGUCAGAAAUUAUAGAAACAGAAGCAGGAGAAAAUGUUCUGUGUAUUCAGAAUAAGAAUUCAGAAGAUAAUUAUUGUGAGAUUACUGGAAUGAAUACCUUGCUUUGUGCUCCCAUUCAGACCCAGAUGCAACAAAGAGAGUUUCCAAUUAUAGAACACAACCAUGAAGGGAAACAUGGAGGUGACGAGACAGUUAUCUUUUCAGAUGAAAACCGGAUGGACCUUACAGCAAGUCACACUGUGAUGAUUACCAAAGGCCUUUUAGACUGUACCAAAAGUGAAAAGCCUACCAAGAUAGAUACCAAGUCCUUUCUGGCAAACUUAAAGCACAAUGCUGAGGAUUCAAGAAUAAAAAACGAAUUAUCAAUGGAUCAAAGCACUUCGUCAGAAAAGAAAAUAAAUUCCAGCGAUUUUAUAAAAAGAUUGAAAACAGGAAAAUAUAGUGUUUCUCCUACAGGACCCGAUAAAGAAAAUUCUGAGAUACUUAUUUAUCCCAAAGAAUCAAAUUCUGCCUCUUCUACACACCAAAUGCAUGUACCUUUUAAGGUUGAUAAAAAUAGUAGUAAUAUUACUAGAAUCUUCCAAGAACAAGAUGAGGGUAUGGAUUUUACCCAGUGUCAUACAGCGAAUAUUCAGACUCUGGCAACCAGUGAGGCCAACUUAAGAGCAUUGAAAGGUGAUAUUACAAUUUAUGGCAAUGACUGUAUGGACUUGACAGUUAACCACACUGUACAGAUUUUACCCUCAGCAGAUAAUUUAUCCGAAAAAGAAAAUCAAACUCAGAAUGUGGAACUGGAUGUUACAACAGUUUGUGAAGCUCCCGGAAAGGAAACAUUCUUUCAAAAUAAAAUUAAUGCUAUUGUUCAAGAUUCCUUAAACCCUCAAGACAAAAUACAUAUUACCAGAAGUCAUAUCAUAGAGUCAGACACUCAAACAGUCAUACAGAUCCCUAAUCAGGAUGCCAGGACAUUGACCAUGAUUCCAGAAUCUAUAUAUUGUAGUCCAGGUAUUCAAGGUUAUAAGACAGUUUUUUAUUCUAGUCAUAAUGAUGCCAUGGAACUAACCAAGUGCCUGUCAAGUUUGAGAGAGGAGAAAGAUUUGCUGAAGCAUGAUGGUAAUUCUAAAAUGUGUCCCAAUCCAGAUGGUAUCCCUCUUCUCAUAGAGAAAACUAUUUGUUCAGGAGAAGAUAGCAUGGACAUUACCAAGAGUCACACAGUUGCAAUAGAUAACCAAAUUUUUAAGCAAGAUCAGGCACAUGUACAGAUAGCAACUGCAUCAAUAUCUGAGAAAGAUAUGAUGCUCCAGCAUCACAUAACUGUGUCAGAAGAGGAGAAAAUGAAUGCAAGUUGUAGCUCAGUUGCUAAUAUAUUUAAUGAAAGACAGAGUCUGACAAAGCCUUUAUCUGUUUCAUUUACUGACCAAAAGACUGAACUCUUAGGAAGUGAAGAUACGAAUUUGACCAGAAGUCACGCAAGUAACUUAGGAUGUCAUGCUCCUCUUGCAUCUUAUACUCUAGUAACAAAAAAUAGCAGUAAAUCUCAUCAAAGCAAAAGCCCUUUGGAUGAAUGGGAAAAAAAUAUAAAAAAUCAUAUCAAACCAUCCCAACAACCAAACAUAUCUAAAAACAUCCUACCUGACAUCCAAAACAAAGAAAAUCAUCAAAUUGUGAAGUUUUUGCCCCAUCUUAAUAAGGAUCCUCUUCCAUCAACUGACUUUAAUCAGGACACAGCAAUAAACCAUAAUAUAGUCUACUCUGGUGCAGUUCUUGAUAAACAGGUAGUACUAGGAAAUAAGAGACAUACAGUUUUAAGUGAGCAGUCUUUGUUUUCUACCACAAAGCCACUGUUUGCAUCAGAAGGGCAAUAUGCUGUGAAAAAUCAUGAUACUGCUGAGAAUAGUCACCUGGUGAAAUCUAUACUAGGCCAGAAUUCUAAACUUCCUGAGCCACUGAGGAAAAAUUCAGAUGAUCCCACACCUGACUGUUCUCAUGACAAGAUGGCUGAUGGUGUACAGGAGAACCAAAGUAUGGAUCUAACCAAGAGCCACACUGUUGUCAUUGGUUUUGGCCCUUCUGAAUUACAAGAACUUAGUGAGACUAAUUUAGUACACAGUACCAGCCAGCUCACAGGAGUAAAUAGACAAGUCACUACAGAUGUUGAAAAAUGUGAUAAAAGUCCUAUAGAAAAAAGUGACUUAUUUAUAUCUAGUGAUAGGGAUGUAUUAGAUGACAAAAGCAUACAAAAGCCUGAAUUUCAGAUGGAAAAACAAAAAGUCAAAAUUCAUGGAAGGAGAAGUAUUGGUGGGCUAAAAAUUGAUAAGACUAUUGUAUUUUCAGAGGGUGAUGAGAAUGAUAUGGAUAUUACCAAGAGUUACACAGUAGAAAUAAAGCAAAGACCUUUAUUAGAUAAACUUGAUUCACAUUUGGCAGGAACUUCUAAAACCAUUUUGUAUGCAUGUGGCCAGGAUGACAUGGAAAUCACUGGAAGUCACACAACUGCCUUAGAAUGUAAAACUUGCUUACCAAGUGAAAAAACUAGUGGGCCAGUGGACAAAACUGUAAUGUUUGUAGAUAGUCUUGAUGAACUAGAAAUGACGAAGUCUCACACUGUUUUCAUUGAUUACCAAGCACAGAAGAGAACUGUACUUCCAGACACAUCUACCUUUGAACUAUCUAAAAGAAAAAGCCUACGAAAACCAGAAGUGGCAUCUAUUGCUGAAGAUGACAGGGUUUUCUUUUCGGAAAACAAUGAAAGUAAUCAUCCAACAGCAAAAUGCAGUCAGCUAACAGGACUGGAUGAAUGGUCUAAUGUUGGUCCUAUAGAAAAAGGUGUAGCAAUUAAAGCUGAUGAUAGUGUGGAAGUGUCUAAAUUAACCACUUGGGAAAAUAUCAAUGAUGUGCAAAAGCCUGGAUUUGUGAAUGAAUAUCUAUCAGGUAAAAGUCAGAGAAGAAAAAGUCUUCGACUCAAAAAUGACAAGACCAUUGCAUUUUCAGGAAAUGGUAAAAGUGAGAUGACUAUUACCCAGAGUUGUGUGGUAGGAACAAGUAAUAAAAGUGCCCUAGAAGACAAAGAAGACUUCAAUUUGGUGCCUUUGACCAUAACAUCUAAAACUAUUUCGUAUUCAUAUGGGCAUGAUGACAUGGAGAUCACUGCAAGUCACACAACUGCCUCAGAUUGUAAAACUGACUUACCAAAUGAAAUUACUAGGCCUAUGGACAAAACUGUAAUGUUUGUAGAUAAUUACAAUGACCUGGAAGUCACCAAGUCCCAUACAGUUUUCAUCGAUUGUCAGGCCACAGAGAAAAUUCUUCAAGAGUACCCUAAAUUUGGAAUUGCAAGAGGAAAAAACUUGAAUGUUUAUUUUCCUAAGGAUGAUACUUAUAUUCAAGAAACCAUUCAAAAACAAGCCUUGGAUGUAGAAAAUAAAAUUGCUCUUUACCCUAAGCAAAAGCAUCAUACAGUAUCCCUUAAUCCUACUAGUACAUUGUCUGGGAAUCACAGUGAAAUGGAAAUCAAAUUCUGUAGAACUGCUAUGGAUGAAGAGGUCAUGGAGAAAGUUGUCGAUCAGGCCUGUAUAUUGGAAAAGGCCAAAAUUGAAAGCUGUCACUUAAGUAGUACAGAUAAAAGAAAUGUGGAUUUUAUAAGUAGUCCUGUAGCUAUUUGUGAAUCCAUUGAUAAGUCUUCCUGUUUAUCAAAUGUUAUUUCCUCUGUCUAUAAUUUAAAGGGAAAUAUUACAUCCUUAGUUGAUAAAGAGAAAGCCAUUGAUUGCCCAGUGCAAAAUGACCUUGCCUGUGCAGAUAAUUUAGCCAGUAAAUAUCACUUGGACUCGGAGGGACUGCCUCUCUCUCCUUGUUCUUUGCUAGAAAAGAAAGCUAUUUGUACUGAUUCCAGAGGACAUUUAAACUGUGCCAUGACCCUGCUCAAAGAUGAAGAUCAGAUUAAGAAGCCUCAAAAUCUAUUAGCUAAUCAAAUGUUAGUAAAUAGUCAAAAUCUGGGGGAGAUGACUAAACUUAAUUCAAAGCGGGUAUCUUUUAAGCUUCCAAAGGAUCAAAUGGAGGCCAUUGUUGAUGAUAUCUGUGAUGUUUCUCAGCCUCAUCUCUCAACCCAUCAACUUCCAUUAGCUCAAAACAGACAGAAUGUUGUCUGUAAAACUGAAGCAAUACUGUCUAAAAAUGGAAAUAAGAGCUUAAAUUUUAUUACAGAAAAUUCCUCUGCACCUACAUACGAAAGUGAGUCUAAAAUGCUCAAUAAUGAGAAACAGUUUGCUAUAGCCUAUAAAAAAGAACUACAAGAAAAUAAUCAAACAGCUAAAUGUAAUACAGCUAUCGAUUUUCACAGUAACUCAAACUUGACUACACAAAUCAUUCAAACCUAUUCCAAUGCUAGAGAUGCAUCAGAUCAUAUAAUUAUUUCUAAUGCUCCAUGUCUUAGUAGUAUCAACCCAAAUACGAAUAAUUCGAAUGGAAAAACUGAAGAGUUUUUAGAUUCUCAAACUGUUCAUAUACUACCUCAAGAAGAACUACUUGAAUUAGGAAAUAAGGCACACCAUAAUAUGAGUAUAAUGCAACCUACAGAAAUACAUAGUAUUAACAUAGUCUCCACCAAUGCUAAAGAUAAUUGGGAUGAAGAAAAUAAAAAUCCUCCUAAUGGAGCUGACACUACCUCUGUACCAUUGAAAAUGGUUGUUAAAGAUAAAAUGAGGAGAUGUUCUUUGGGAAUCUUUUUGCCCAGAUUGCCAAACAAGAGAAAUUGCAGUGUCACUGGUAUUGAUGACCUACAACAGAUUCCAGCAGACACAACUGAUUUAAAUAAUUUAGAAACUCAGCAAAUCUCCAGCAAAGAUUCAGACACUGAAUCUGUUGCAGUUAACCUAAACUUAAGUCCAUCUGAAUAUAUAAAUGAGGAAAAUCUCCCUAUAUGUCCUGGUGAGAUUAAUUCCUCAGACACUAUUAGCAUAGAAAUUGAAGAAAAGACUUUGAUUGAGACAUAUCAAAAAGAGAUUUUACCAUCUGAAAACAAAAUGGAAGGAACCUGCAAUAACCAAAAAAGAACCUGGGUACAAGAAGAUGAUGAUGUGCAGAAUGAGAAAAAAAUCAUAAAAUAUGAUAUUAAGCUUAGUGAUACUAUACAAGAUCAGGAGAUUUUCGAUCACCAUACUGAAGGGGAUAUAGAUAAAAAUGUUAACAGUGUAUUGAUUAAAAGCCUGAACAGGACCCCAUCUAGUUGCAGCAGCUCUCUGGAUUCAAUCAAGGCUGAUGGGACCUCACUGGAUUUCAGUACAUACCGCAGUAAUCAAAUGGAAUCACGGUUUCUCAGAGACACUAUUUGUGAAGAGAACUUGAGAGAGAAACUUAAAGAUGGAAGAAUAACAAUAAGGGAGUUUUUUAUACUUCUUCAGGUCCACAUCUUAAUACAAAAACCCCGGCAGAGCAAUCUCCCAGCCAAAUUUACUAUAAACACAUCACCUACUCCAGAAGACCUGAUAUUAAGACAGUAUGUUUAUGGACCCAAGAUACAGAUUUAUAGAGAAGAUUGUGAGCUUCUUCGACAAAAGAUAGAAGAACUAAAGGUUUCUUCGUUGACCCAAGAUAAAUUGUUGACUGAUGUCAAUAGGAACCUGUGGGAAAAAAUGAGACACUUCUCUGAUGAAGAGCUGAAGGCCUUUGGAAUUUACCUUACCAAAAUAAAAUCACGUGUUACCAAGGUGACUAAAGUCUUCACUCACCAAGGAAAAGUGACUCUGUACAGCAAGCUGGUGCAGUCAGCUCAGAAUGAAAGGGAGAAACUUCAGAUAAGGAUAGAUGAGAUGGAUAACAUACUCAAGAAGAUCAAUAAUUGUCUGUCUGAAGUGGAAAUAGAAACUAAGAGUUUGGAAGAAGAGGAAAAAGACAAUCCUGUGGAAGAAUGGGAUUCUGAAAUGAGAGCUGCAGAGAAAGAACUAGAACAGCUAAAAACAGAAGAGGAGGAGCUUCAAAGAAAGCUCUUAGAACUAGAGGUACAGAAAGAGCAGACCCUUGCUCAGAUAGACUUUAUGCAGAAACAAACAAAUAGAACUGAAGAACUACUGAAUCAGCUGAGUUUGUCUGAGUGGGAUGUCAUUGAGUGGACUGAUGAUCAAGCUGUAUUUACCUUUGUUUAUGACACGAUAGAACUAACCAUCACUUUUGGAGAGCCAGUAGUUGGUCUCCCUUUCCUGGACAAGGCUUACAGGAAGAUUACUGACUUGAAUUUUCAGUCUCUAUUAGAUGAGGAUAAAGCUCCUCCUUCCUCCCUUUUAGUUCAUAAGCUUAUUUUUCAGUACAUUGAGGAGCAGGAAUCCUGGAAGAAGAAGUGUACAACACAGCAUCAGGUACCCAAGAUGCUUCAGGAACUCUCACCAAUAGUAAACCAUUGCAGACUCCUUGGAGAAGAGAUUGAGUUUUUAAAGAGAUGGGGACCAAGUUAUAAUCUAAUGGACAUAGAUGUGAAUAAUACUGAAUUGAAGCUUUUAUUCUCCAGCUCUGCAGCAUUUGCAAAGUUUGCUGUAACUCUGUCUCUCUCAGCCCAAUAUCCCUUGGUCCCAUUACCUUUCACCAUUCAAAAUCACCUUGGAAACACUGGCCAAGAUGAAAUUGCUGCCAUUAUAUUUAAAGUGCCAUUAGCGGAAAACUACCUGAAGAACAUAGUCAAGCAAAUUUACCAAGAUCUACUUCAGGGCUGCCAUUUCUACUGCUAGACCCAUGGACCACAGCUGUAACAACCAAGCAGGAAUACACUUGAUACUAUGUCACAGUCUCUAUUGCCAUUUAACUUUGUCUUUAGGUCAGAGUAAAAUUCCUUUUGAUGAUGUAAUAGUUAAUUUAUAUGGUUUGUUGUAGAAUUUGUAUAGUUAGGAAUGAUAAAAGCCUUCAUAUAGCCUAUCAGGUUGCUCAUCUUUGUACUAAAGGUAUAAUAGGGAACUUAGGGAAAUUUCCCCCUAACUAAAGUGGUGCUAUCUGCUUUAAUAUAACCCUAAGGAGUAACUUUUAAGAGGAGACAUUAACCACUGACAAAAACAAAGCUGUUCCCCAUAUGUAGAGCUAUUAUUUGGGGUAGACUGGCUUCUUCCUAGCAAAUAUUUCUGGAUUUAGAAAUAUGUCUGUCAACAGCCUGGUAGUCCCAUCUACUCAGGAGGGUGAGGUGGGAGGAUCACUUGAACCCACAAGUUCAAGUCCAGCCUGAACAACAUAGCAAGACCCUAUCUCAACAACAAAAAAUAAACAUUUCUGUCCACAAACUAUUCAUCCUCCUUUUUUUCCACUUCAGAAAUGAUAUUAAAGCAAUAGCACUCAGCUAUUGGACUGGUUGUUAUCUUUUCUUGGGGCCUUGCCCUUUAUUCUAUAGUGUCUAUUAAUGUUUUCUUGAUAAUUACAGUUUUUUCUAGGGAAAAUUAAUUCAUUUUGGCCUAGUACAUGUAUAUAAAUAUAUUAAUGUUGUUUUUGUUUGUGAUAUCAUGUUUGCCUUCUGCCUAGGUUUAUAGAGCAUUAUUUUCAGCAAGGUUUUCAGUCUUCUUAAAUAAUGAGCUUUAAAACUAUCAUAUCCAAAACUCUAGUUUCUGGCAGUAAUAAUAAACUUACUAUAAGUAUUGGUUCCUGAAGCCACACACUCCUCAUACACAAAAAUAAGUAUAUCCAUUAUUACAUGACCAGUAUUAUCUAUGAGGCACACAAAUAUGAAAGAACUUUCACUCAAACUUUAGUCAAAUCUGAAUCAUGAUAAUUUCUAUUUUUAUUUUUAAUUCUAAACUAUUUGUAUUUUUUAAACAAAUUUGUGUUAAAAUUUUGCUUUUUAAUUUAAGAUGAGGUUAAAGUCCUGUGGGUCCAUGUUCUUUCUCCUCUUCAUUGGUUUUUACUUCUGAGCUACACAUCAAAAGAUCACCUGAUCUGAGCUUCAAAAGUCAACAGAAGGUUGGGGUUGUGGCUCAGUGGUAGAGUGCUCACCUAGCAUUUGUGAGGCCCUGGGUUCAAUCCUCAGCACCACAUAAAAAUAAAAUUAAAAAGGUAUUGUGUCUAUCUACAACUUUUAAAA